CUUUGGCGGCGGAUUCAAACGUUCGGGCUGGGGUAUCGGGCCUGAAGGAGUGUCCCUGCGGCUGGGUGCUUCCUGCUGUCCGUUCGGGUGUGAAUUUCAGUGCGGUGCCAGGAGGAUCUUGGUAGCGAAGGCGGCUAGUGCCUGAGGGAGAGAAUGGCGCCCUCGACCACAGUCUCCCAGAGAAAGAAGAUAAAACGGAAGGCUCCCCGGGGCUUUCUUAAGCGCGUCUUCAAGCGACAGAAGCCUCACCUUCGUCUAGAGACAAGUGGCGACUUACUGGUGAGAUUCUGUCCCUUUUUUGGGUGGGAGUGGGGCACUUUCAAGGUGCACCUGAAUUGUUUACUGUUUGUUCAGCGUUUAGCAGAAGAGUCCAGGAUGAGUGCUUUUGAGAAUAAGUGUGGAGUCAUUAAAAAGGAGCAUGUACAGGCUGCAGCAAAGGUAAUUCUAAAGAAGAGCAGAGGUUAGAAGUCAAAGAACCAUUUUUGAAAAUUAUAUGAUGUAUUAUUUUAGGUGGUAACAGAUCUUGAAAGCACUUUUUAUAUAUCAGCUAAAUUGUAUAUUAAAAUAUUGGCUAGUUG